AUGUUUAACACUGAGUAUCAAUUCACUACUGAUGAAAUUGCUGAAACGUUGAAUCUUCCCCACGUGGAGGGAAUACCUUUUGAGGCUCCACUUUGGGAAAAUGAGGCUUUUGUGUUUUUGAAUGAGAUUACAAGUUUGACAACUAAUUCCAUUGAGGGGAAUAAUGCUUCGGCCAUCCAUAACCCGUCCAUCCGUUAUUUUUACCAAAUGUUAGCAGACACUAUUUUUAGUCGGGAUAACACUAACAAAACAAAUGGAAAAGAAAUGUUUUAUUUGCAGGUUGCUCUUGCUGGAAGACAGGUAAAUUUGACACCUUUCAUGAUAGCUCACAUGAGAUCUAGCACUUCUAAGAGAGACACUAUAAUGUUUGAAAGCUUGAUUACUUCCUUGGCCCGUUCCCUGGACCUUGAUGCACAACUUGAUGGUUUAGAGCCUCUGUUGCCCCGCACCCUUGAUAUUUAG